AAAUUUCAAAAGUCAUAACACGUGUCAAAAUCCCUGCUCUCUUUUUUUUUUUUAUUUAAACAACCCGCCUGUUUCUACUGCCACUGUCUUCCGCUACCACCGCCACCACCAAGUUGUCCAGUAAGUGAACCCGGUUAUCAACUGUACCACUAGCCUCACUUUAAGAUGACAGACGACGCGUUGUUGAAGCAACUAGAGGAAUCAACGAAGGAUUUCUCUCGUCAUCAGGCCGAGACUCUCCGAUCCAUCCUCCAACACCAGCGCGGCGUGCGUUAUCUCCAACGCCACCUCCCCGGUGCUGGAGAUCACAAUUUCCUGAUCGACGCCGCCACUUUUAGACUCUCCGUGCCGUUAUCUUGCUACGAUGACUACGCUGAUUACAUCAAUCAAUUAGCCGACGGAGACAAGUGCACCAGUGAUGAUGAUCACGAUCAUCGCCACCUCUUGUCCGUUGAUCCUCUCGUUUGCUUCUUUUACAGUUCUGGAACGAGUUCAAUGAAGCCUAAAUUGAUACCUUACUUUGAUUCAACGCUUUCAAAAGGGGCGUCGCAUAUAGCUCAUCAAGGAAGCGCCGCUGUUCUUCGGAAGUUUUUUCCUCCAAGGCCCGAAGUGAAUAAGAGGCUAGCAUUUAUAUAUGCCGAUAGCAUUACAACAACGAAAGGGGGUUUCAAGGUAAUGGCAGCUUCUUCAUUCCCUUUGCAUAGUAGUAGUAAUCCGAAUCGCUCUCUAUUUAUGUCUCUCAGCAGCCCCAUGGAAGUGAUUCUUGGAUCAAAUGUUGAGCACCAAAUGUACUGUCACCUUCUCUGUGGUCUUAGAAAUUCUGAUUCUAUAGAUGCUAUUCAUGUCCCAUAUGCCAUAGGUUUGAUUAAAGCUAUGUGGGUCUUAGAAUCCAAGUGGAAGCAACUAUGUGAUGAUAUUGAAAAAGGGAUACUGUGUUCGUUGAUUAAUGAUGUUCGAAUGAGGGAUUCUGUUGUUCAGGUUCUUGGUGGACCACAACCAGAUUUGUCAAAUAGAAUUAGAUUGAUUUUUGAAAAGAAGGAUUGGGGUGGGAUUUUGAGUAAAUUAUGGCCAAAUGUUCGAUAUAUUAGAAGUGUCAUGACCGGUAGUAUGAAGCAGUACUAUUCCAAGCUUAAGUACUAUGCAGGGGAGGUACCUCUGGUAGGUGGGGAUUACUUUGCAUCAGAGUGUUGCGUGGCCAUUAACUUGGAUAUCAAGCAACCACCUGAUUUGACUAGAUUUGUUAUGCUUCCAACCGCUGCAUAUUUCGAGUUCCUUCCAUUUGAUUUAGCUGAGAACAAUGUUGUUGGUGAAGAAACUGUGGAUGUUUGUGGUGUUGAAGUAGGGAAGGUGUAUGAAGUAGUUGUGACUACUUAUAGAGGGUUUUAUAGAUAUCGCCUAGGUGAUGUUGUAAGAGUUGUUGGUUUCUACAACUCAUCUCCCUUGCUGGAGUUUGUGAUGCGAGCUCCUAAAACUUCAAAUGAGAUAGUGACUGAGGGAGAUCUGAUGGCUGCCAUGGAAAAAUUUCAACUUGUACUGAGAAAUACUAUGGGCAUGGCGAUAGAGAUUGUGGAGUUUACGAGUUCCGUUGACUUCGGUUCAAGUCCUAAGAGAUUGAAGAUCUUUAUUGAAGUUAAAGACUGUGAUAUGAUUUUGCAGGACAAGUUGCAGGAAUCAAACCUUAGAAAAUGUUGUUCAGAUCUCGAAGACAGUUUAGGAAGUAUUUAUAAGGUGCAGAGGAACAAAGGAGAGAUAAGCCCUUUAUCACUAUCAGUUUUGAAAUGUGGUAGCUUUGAUAGGUUACUAAAACUAGCAAUAGAGAAUGGAACUCCAGCUAGUCAAUAUAAGCCACCUAAGAUUAUAAGAAACCCUAGCAUUGUUGAUGUUUUGGAAGAAAAUGUUAUUGUGACUAUAUAAGCUUAGCUUAAGAAUCUCUAUAUACUCAAUGGCUUGCAGCCCUUUGCUACUUAUAGGAAUAAUUGAAGGUUGGUCUUCAAUGGACUUGUCAAUGUGCUUUGAGAAACAGAAUUUAUCUUAUUUUAUCAGUUCCUAAAUACUUGUGAGCAUUGAAAUGCCAUACAAGCUAUAACUGGAUUCAUAUGUAAACUACUAUCAUAUUUAUAUUCUAAACAGAACGAUAGUUGCUUCA